GCAAGUUAUGUUUGAAAACCCAACGAACAGAUUGUGAUGCGAAAAGUUUCUGCUUGAUAUUUUGAAUGAAACAUAAAAGUUCUUAUGAAUAUCAAGAUAAUGAUGAAGAAAUAUAAUAGAUUGCCUCUACCAAGUUAAUUAAAUAAAAUCGCGAACGUCAUAACAUUGAAACGGAGUUCAUUUUUGUUUUAUAUCAAAUACACACGCUAAUGCAUGGGAUGAAAGUUCUUUACUGAAUGGAUUCAGUGAACAAAGGAGGGUAUUUUUACAACAGUGGUGGUCAAAACCUAGGUCCAGUUUUAUAACAUACAAUGAACGAAGUUUGAACUAUGAAUGUGAUUUUGUAAAAUUAUCUCUCGAUGGUAAUUUAAAUUUUAUUAUCAAAGAAUCAGUAAAGAGUAAACGAACAAACAAAUUAACAAAAUCACUUAUGGAAAACUGUAUAACCCUGUAAAUUACUGUGAAGGCGUGUGUUUGACUGAUAUUGACCCUUUCUAUUAAGAAUUUAUUGGAAUAUUGUCAGGAGUUGAGAGAAUGGUUUUGUGAAUGAAAUGUUAGUUUGAAUAGAACAUUUAGUUUGUGUUUGCAAAAAUGUCGUCUCUUCCUAAGCAAGAAAAAAACAGUUUUCCGCCCAUUUCGAACCGACAGAAAUUGAGCACCUCUAGUAAUGAACAUGAAUUAGAAAAGAGUACAGACUCGUACCGUAAACCAGAUAGUGGUCGAGAUAAUGAGGAUACAUGUGCAAGUCCGGUGUUCAAACUUCCAACAAUCGAGCGUACUAAAUCAAGGAGUAUUUCGAGUAUAUCAAGUCCUACAAGUACACUUGGAUCUCGUCAGUUCUCAAGGGAUAGCAAACCGAGCCGACGCUCAAUUUGUAGAUCUCCGAGCUGUCCAUCAAAUAUAAGAUUAGCUAGAUCAGAUUCUAUAAAUAAGGAUAGAACGGAUUCGUUUAUAGAAAAUAGAGUCUAUAAUCAUUUUCCCCUACGGGAAAACGAAGACGACAAUGUUAAAUUACCAAGUAUUUUUAGAAACGCUUCUAGUUUACCAAUAUCUCCAAGAAAUUCGAGUUUAUCGAAUAAAUGGAAACCGGACAAAGAAAAUGGUUACGUUUAUAGUUUACGGAGAACAGAAUCGUUUCAGGACAGUACUAAAGAAACAAUAAACCACGAACAACAACAAACUCACGCUUUAUUGUUGCCAAUGCGAAACGUAGACAAUGUUUCAAGAGCAAAAAAUAAAAAGAAGAAAAAAUUUCAAAAAUCCCAUUCCGAGAGUUAUGAAAAUACAAUGCCUGAAAAGGAGAGUAGUUUAGGACGAUGGAGUGGGUUUGAAAAUGACCAAAAUAAAAUAAAUGGUUCUAAAGAGUGCUUGAUUGAAGGUACUGUAACCGACCGAUCAGUUGAAAUGGUAAGCGCUAGAAAAAUGAAAAAAUGGAUGAAACAACAUCCAUCAAAGGAAGGCCAAGUUAAAGCUUAAAUCAAGGUCAUGUUAAAGCUUAAAUCGUGCUCAUUGUACAUAUGUUACAAGCAACGCAUAAUUCGGGAUGUGUGCAAAUAAGAUUUUACUGUGAUAUCCUUCGUGAUUAUAGUUAAUCAGUUAUGAUUGCAUUUAAAUGAAAUUAAUUUUGUUGAUGACUAUUACGAUGUAAAACUGUUAAUAACACUGCUAUUCGGAAUGCCUCUUUGUUGCCGAAAAUAUUUGGUGCAGACUGUGUCUUGUUUGACAAUUGGAAUCACUGCAGUGUCCGAUGUUGUCCUUGUGCACAGUAUUAAUUAUACCAUUUGAUGUUUUUGUAUAUAAUUUAUAGUGCAAAUAUAUGCACGGAGUAAAACUCCGUUAAUUUAAA